GUCAUCCAAAGCCAGAGGUCCGGCCAUGACACCAGGAAGCUGCUCACUGCCGGCGCUGGCGCUCUGUGCGGCACUGCUGCUCGUCGGCACGGAAGGACACGUUCGAGGGAUCGACUCAUCCGACACCGGCGGCCAGCAGGGAGGUACAGAGUCGAGGAUCAACGCCAAGAGCCUGAUGACGCUCAUUAGAAUGCUGGUCACCAGGAACGACGUUGGAGCCGAUGUAGAAGGUCAGUCGAAAGGAAUGCUGUCAAGAAUCCCAAAGGAAAUGACUUCAUUCUGGUCAGAUCGCGCCGCCAUCAAGCGCAGCGACGACAAAACAGAACAGGAUUUGUAUCCACUAGCGCCGACAGUCCAAAAACGCACGCAAGGCUCCGAUCAAUACACGGAUGAAAAUGGUGAGCAUCUAAGCCCAACCGACUUCUCCAACGCCGCAAAAAUAUCCAACGAAAUUGACGAACGCCCUGAGGGGGCAGCAGAUCCGACAGAAAACCAUGAUAUAAAAGAUGCCGACUUUUUUGAAGGAGAUAUCGUGCAUGGUCAUCCUGAGAGGCAGGGUCGCAAUAUGAUCAGGGACGAUGACCAAAAGUGGCUGCGCGGUGAAAUUCCGUACGUUAUCGCCUCAGGAUUUAACACUGACGAGCGAGCCACGAUUGCCAAGGCCGUGCUCGAGUUUGAGCGCAACACAUGUAUCCGUGUGCGGCCGCUGGGUCCGACCGACGACGCCAGCCAGGGCUACGUGCGCAUCAUCAAGGGCGAUGGGUGCUACAGCUCCGUGGGACGCCAGGUCUCCAGUCCCGGGCAGGAGCUUUCGCUGGGAAACGGCUGCCUCUUCCCAGGCAUUGUCGUGCACGAGUUUAUGCAUGCCAUCGGUUUCUGGCACGAGCAGAGCCGUCCCGACCGCGACAGCCACGUGAUGAUCCACUACGACAACAUCAAGUACGGCAAAGACUACAACUUCAAGAAGUACACCACGAAUGAAGUGCAGCUGAAGGGCACCCCCUACGACGUCGGAUCCAUCAUGCACUAUGGGCCUUAUGCGUUCGCUAGAAACCGUAACCAGCCGACUAUAUCGGCACUGAAGCAGACCUCUGUGACGAUGGGACAGCGGGAGGGACUCUCCCACUACGACAUCCAAAAAAUAAACACACUCUACGGGUGCAAGGACGUGACCAAACCUCCGCCGCCGAUAACCAAACCAGAAAAAUGCACCGAUAGAAACAUGUACUGCAAGGACUGGGCAGCUGCCGGGGAGUGUGGCAAGAACCCUCUCUACAUGAACAUUUACUGCGCCAAAUCUUGCGAUAAGUGCUCCGACAAGUCCUGUGAAGAUCUCAAUGAACUCUGUCCGAAGUGGGCGGAGACCGGCGAAUGCGCCGCCACGCCAUCCUACAUGACACUCUACUGCAAGAAGUCCUGUGACCUGUGCGACGGAAACGGAGGCAUGGCCUGCAACAACGUCAACGGCUACUGCGAGGCCUGGGCUGAGAUGGGUGAGUGCGACAAGAACCCCGACUACAUGCACGGCAGCUGCCGGAAGGCGUGUAAGCUCUGCUAAGGUUACAGGAGGGCAAACGAUACACAUCAGGGUCUUUUUGAUGUGUGCUGUAUACUUGCUCAGACAUAUAUAGAUCUGCAUGUCUACAUCUGAGCACUUACACUAGGAAAGCUCAUAGAUGCGUUAUCUGUGGCGUUAACUACCAAUUGGGUAUUGUUAUUGUUCUUGUGUUAUUGUAAGAAUUGCUCUUGUUCUUGUUCUUGUGAUGGGUUUGGGAAGUAGGUGGGAACUAAGCUGUUUUGGUGAGAGUUGCUGCUUUAUAGAUGAAUGAAUGCCUUUCUUGUUCGAGAAGGCAGACAUGAGGCUGAUUUGGCAUUCUGACUAUAUCUAUACAUUGUUGUGUUGA